CAGUUUGCUAUGGGAUGGACAAGGAAGAGGAGAACAAGUAUGUGUCUCAGCUACAGGAGGUCUUCACAAGCUGUGACACAACAGGCACGGGUUACCUGGACAAAGAUGAGUUGACAGAUCUGUGUCACAAGCUCCAUCUGGAUGCACAGCUCCCAUUACUGCUGCGGACACUACUGGGAAAUGAUCAUUUUGCCAGGGUUAAUUUUGAGGAGUUUAAAGAAGGAUUUGUGGCAGUCCUUUCAUCAACUAUCGACAUCAGCACAUCUGAGGAUGAUGAUGAGAGCAGUUAUUUGGAGCCGGUUAUUCCUGAUGAGGUAAAACCAAAGUUUGUGAAAGGUACCAAGAAA